UUGACCUGAUUUAAAUAGUCUUGUUUGCGUCCCCUUUUAGUCUAAUUGAAACAAAAAUGGAGCCGAUGAACCUGGGCAGCCCGGUGAAUAGCCCCAGCUCGAAUCAGAGCCAGUACUUGCCGCCAUUCCUUAUGGGUGAUCCCCAAGCCCUCACACCGCACAAGAACACGCUCUCGCCAAAGCCCGGACGGUACAAUGUUAGCUUCGCCACAUCGCCUGGUGGUAGCAGCCCCCACGAGUUUAACCGAUCCGCGCUAAACAGCCGGACACUCUUCGGGGCAGCGGGCGCCGGCGGCCUCGGUCACAAUGCCUCUGGCGCCGGCAUCAAUGCCAACACUUCGCUCUCAGCGACUCCCAGCCAUACCCACAGUCACCAAGUGGGACCGCCAACACAGGGCCUGUUCGAAUCCCUGCGGGAGCCCGUCUCCACGCCGCAGAGGAACCAUUUAAGCCUGCUGCAGAUGCAGUCGCCCAACCAGAGCCUGGGGCCGAAUCAGAGCUACCAGAGCAGCUACCACACAAACGACUCGUUCGCACCUGGGGCACCCAAUGCCAUCAACGCCUCAAUGCGGGCCCUAUGCUCGCCGCUGGGUGCAACUGCGUCGCCGUUGGCCGGCGGUCAAGGCUCGUAUUCAAAUGCAGCCGCCAACGGCGGCAACAUGCAGAUGGCCGACUUUUGGGUUACAAUCUUUGGCUUCAGACCCGGGGCCGCUUCCAUGGUGCUUCAGCACUUCACGCUCUGCGGCAUCAUCGUAGAGGUGGUACAUCCACCGAAGAACGGCAAUUGGAUACAUGUGCGCUUCUCGUCGCGCAUCGAGAGCGACAAGGCUUUAAACUACAACCACAAGGUGAUAGCCGGCAACGUUAUGGUGGGCGUGACGCGGUGCACUGACCGCUCGGUCUUCGACAAGGAGAACAGCACUAUGAUGGCCAAUCAGGACAUCGUCACUCCGGCGCCAACCUCGCCGGCUAUCCGGCCAUUUGCCCAGCAAUCGUAUAAGCUGGCCCAGAACGACAGCGCCGUUUCGCCCACCAAGGAUAUACCGCAGAAGAGCUCCGGACUGGUGGACAAGGCUUUGGAUCUCAUCUUCGGCCGGUGAGGGAGGAGGCACUUGUGUUCCAGCUACUUAUUUAAUAAUUCUCUGCGUACAUCCUAUCCAGCAUACAUACAUACAUUAAAAAGAGAUACAAUAGCAA